AUGGGUCUAUUCUCUCGCCACGCCGAACCCGAGCCGGUCGUUGAAGAACCCCCCCGGCACAGCCACAGCCUCUUCGGCAGCAAGCACAGUCACUCCCCUACCCGCACCUCCACCGCCAGCACCACAACCACCCACUCCUCCACCUCCCCAGACCGCCGCAGCAGCACCGGCGGCACAGGUCUCCUCCACCGCUCCUUCGGCCACGGCAGCCGGCACGGCCCGGAGAUGGACCCCAGCAUCGUGCAGGCGCGUGAGCGGCUGGUGGGCGCGGAACGGGCUGAGAAGGCGGCGGAUCAGGCGCUGAUGGCUGCGCGGGAGAGUGCGCGUGAGGCGCGCGAGCAUGUGCGCUUGCUUGAGGUCGAGGCUAAGGAGGAGGCGAGGCGGGCGAAGAUUAAGGAGCAUCAUGCUAGGGAGUUUUCGAAGAGGGGGAAGCUGCUGGGACAUUAA